AUGAACCACUUCCCCGAAGCCUGGGGCAGACCCCGCGACGACAUCUACGGCUCCUAUAACGCAUCCUAUCUCCCUCAGUCCCGCGGUGGUCUCCAAUCGCACCAUCAACCAACCACCCAUACCCAACAACCCAUCGUAACCGGCACCUCCGUCCUCGCCCUCAAGUUCAGCACCGGCGUCGUCAUCGCCGCCGACAAUCUCGCCUCGUACGGCUCCCUCGCCCGCUUCACCGACGUCCACCGUCUCAAACCCUUCAACAAGCGCGCUGUCGUCGGCUUCGGCGGCGAUGUGAGCGAUAUGCAAUACCUCGACCGCCUGCUCAACAGCCUGGACGUCGAGGAGAACUAUACCUCUCCCACAGGUGAUGCGAAGAGCGACGACGAUAGAGCGCUAGUGGAUGCGCCGUUGAUGAGCGCGAAGAACCUGCACACGUAUCUCGCAAAGGUCAUGUACAAGAGGCGGACGGACUUCAACCCGCUGUGGAAUGCGCUAUUAGUGUGCGGACUGGACGAGAAGGACCAGCCGUUCCUUGCGAGCGCGGAUCUGCUGGGCACGACGUUUUCGGCCCCGAGUAUGGCGACAGGGUUCGGAGCGCAUUUGGCGCAGCCACUUCUGCGGAGGGUGGCGCCGGACGAGGCGGCGACGCAGGAGCUGAGCAAGGAGAAGGCGGUGGAGGCGAUCAAGGAGUGCAUGAAGGUGCUUUUCUACCGCGAUGCGAGGAGUAUGAAUGAGUAUUCCGUUGCGGUGAUUGACCAGAGUGGCGUGGAGCUGAAGGAGGACGAGAAGUUGGAGAACCAGAGCUGGGCGUUUGCGGAUCGCAUCAAGGGGUACGGGACGCAGACGGUGUGA